AUGUAUUUUCGUUUAGGUGCCACAAUGGCAGCGCUUGGUACCCGAAUGGACAGGAAAAAGAAAAUGAAAGGAAAGAAAAAGGUGAAAAAUCUAUUGGAGAAGAAGGCUAAAGGCUUGAAGUUGAAUCAAGUCGACAGGAGACGACUGUUGAAGCUUGAGGAGAAGAUGAAGUUUAAAAGUGAACUUAACGAAAGUGUGAAGGCUGAAAUGAGCAAGCUACGACUAUCAGAAAAAGAAGACGUGGACGACACCAUUAAUGUUGACCCUUCAUCACCGAGUGCACCCUCAAAAAAGCCAAAGGAUAAAAGGGUAUCAUUCAGCGGAAAUAUGGAACGGGUCAAGGUGUUCGAUAAGAACGUGAAAGAUCUUGAAAUCAAACCGUCAUCAGCGUCUCCAGGGAAGGGCAUACUGCGAGUCAAGCCGAAAAAAGCCGCGCUCAAAAAGAAGAAGAAGGUGAAAGUUCCCGAGAAUGGCGAAACUCCUAUAGCUACUGCAGCAACAGUUGAUCACAAUGAAGAGAAAGAAAAUGUUCAAGAAAAUACUAGUGCUGCAAAGAACACUUUCAAACCUAAGAAGAAGAUUACGAUACAGGUAACAAAGAAAGUAAAAGAACAGUUGCUUACUAUGGAUAGGAAGCAAAGAAAGGCGUUUCUCAGAGAACUCAAGUCUCAAAAAAAUCCUAACCAUGAUCGUGCAAUGGAGUGCAAGUUGUUGUGGGAGAAAAUCAGAAGUAGAAAGACUCUUAAGCAGGAGAGGGAUGAAUGUGGUUACGCUCCAAAACUUAUUUAUACUCACGAUAUUUCUCGAGUUUUUGAAUGCCUUCUGGCUUUGAAAAGGCCUGGUAUUACAUCAGCACUUUUCGAAGAACUUACACCUGAACUCGUGAGAAUGACUAAGAAUAAGUACGCUCACUUCUUCGUGCUGCGCAUGUUGAAAUAUGGAACCAAAGAGCAAAGGAAUAUGAUCAUUAGCUCAUUCCGAGGUCAUGCCGUGUCGCUCAUGCGAAUUGUAUACGCAGCUGAAGUAAGUCACUAG